UGUUGGGGGAACAGGAAGUAAUCUUUCACGGUUAGUGGCGUGUUCCUGUAAAACUUUGUUUAUGUUAUUCGGUCACCGCUUAAAAGAAAGUUUGAAACAGUACUCAAGGCAUAUCAGUACUGAUAAAGUGACCAAAGCAUACUCCUAAUUGGGAAGAAAGGAAGGUUGAGAGUAAAAUGGACACUAUGCAGUAUGAAGCAUCUCAGUCUGAGGGUGGGGGUCACUGUGUCAUGGUUCCAGUUAUAAUAUGUGUUUUAAGUGAUGAUGAAGAGGAUAUAGACUCACUGGCUGAAGGUAAAGAAAAUGACUAGAAGUUGCUAAAAUUGAUAGCCAAAGUGUAGAUGAACCAAUGUCUUUAGAUGAUGGGUCCGAAAAAGCUGUGCCUGCAGAAAAUCUGAGAGAGCAAUCAAAGGUGGAUGUCAACCUUCACCACAGCAAAGAAGCCUCCAAACUCGCCAGCAUUAUAGAAAAUACUUCCCGUGCUCUGGAUUCCACUGUGGGACAUGUGAAAGACACUAACCUGGCCCCUGAGCAGACAAGCUUGGGAAGUGAUGCUGAAAAUACAGAGGAGGGUGAUGAAAGAGAGGAGGGACCUAUUAUAUCUGUUAAUGAAGAGAAACAUUCAUAUAUUUUGGAAGCUGGAAAUAAAGGAGUGGUGGAAGGCAAACUACAUAAUGGGAUUUCAGUUCCAUUCUGUGACGAGCAAACUGCUGUUCUGGUUGAAUCUGAUAAAUUAGCAGAAAACUGUAAACAGAAAUCUCUGAUUAGCUCCAGCGUUGCACCUAUGACAAAUGUGUUGAAGGAGAAAACCCACAAAUGCAGCCUUUCAUUGAAGCAGGAAUCGAUGACUAACCAUGUCGCACUGGACCAUCCACAGAUAGCGACACAGCAAGGUCAAACACUUGAAAAUUGUGUGUCUGAGCUUUGUUCCAAAAAAAUUUCCGUGAAGAAUGUAACCCGUGCCAUCAAAAGCGCCAGGAGGAAAGAAUUGAAGUGGGAAAAGAGACCAGAUACAAAGAUAAAUGACAAAGACAUUCUGAAUGUUCCAAAAUCGAAAACUACAGAAGCAUGUAGUUGUGUCAUGUGCCAGUCUGUGUUUAGCAGGAAGAUUAAACAUCCAAUACUGACACACUGUGACUCCAAGUCUUAUAUCUGCAAGCUAUGUGACUAUGCAACUAAUCGAAAAAAAGCUCUGAAGAUACAUGUAAGGAUCCACACAGAUAUAAAACUGUACAAGUGUGGCCAGUGUGCUUCUGCUUGUCAAACCUGUCAUAAAUCAUGUAAUGACUGUGAUUACACAGAGCGCAAGGAGAGCAGCCUCCAAGCUCAUACAGUACCCCAUACAAGCACUGGCCUAAACAGUCUCAGCCUUCACAAGAAGCAGCGUUUAGAUGUAGGUGCACGGUUCAAGUGUGAUCAGUGUGAAUAUUUCUCUAACAAUUCUUACAACCUACAGUGUCACUCCAGAAUCCACACAGGUGAGAAACCAUACCACUGUGAAGAGUGUGAUUAUUCAUUUCGUACCUUGAGCCAACUAAAUCGCCAUAAGCUUGUGCAUUUAACCAGUAAAGUUGAAGAACAAUUUAAAUGUAAACAGUGUAAAGCUUUGUUUCCUAGUAUGCGGCAUCUUGGUCGCCACGCAAGGAGUCAUUUGGAGCUCAAGCAAAUAUUCAGCUGUGAUCAGUGUGACUAUUCCACGUCCAGUUCUUACAAUCUCAAGGUGCACAUUAGAACUCACACUGGAGAGAAACCAUACAGGUGUUCUGAGUGUAAAACUACAUUUCGAACCCCAAGCCACCUUAAUCGCCACAAGCAAAUCCAUCUGAAACAUAAUUAGCAUAACAUGCAAAUACGCCUUGAUGCUUUGUGUUGUUGCUCCAGUAUUGAGUUUUGAUUAUUUCCCCUGCUGUUGUCUCUAAUGAGCUUUUGUUAAAUUCACUGCUCGUCAUGGACAGCUAUCUUUUAUAGUGAAACACUUAUUUUGGCCAUGCUAAGAGUAAGUGAUAGAAGAUGUUCUGUGACACCUAUUGUGUUGCACCUUUUGUUUUACCUGUUAUUAAAUACAGUAUUCUGUUAACCACUAGAUUUCAAAUAAAGUUCCAGCUUUUCUACA